AUGAUGCCGACUUGGCUGACGUCGAGCCAAUUGAAACAGUUUGCAGCUGAUCCGCCCUUCACCAUUCGGCGGCGAAGGUUUUGGUUUCCAUGGUUCGAAUCCCGUCGAGGGUUUCGGACAGUCUGGCCUUUGUUGCCUGAAACAAAGCAGGCAAUAACAGAUGAAUUUUGUCAACUUGGCAUGGCAACACAUGCACAUACGCACGCACGCACACACACACACACACACGCACAGCAUGUGUUCCAUGAGGGUAUGUACAAGGCUGGCUAA